AUGUUCUGCAGCGGAUGCGGCGGUGCCGCCCGGCUGCCCGGUGACCGCGCUGCCCAGCUUCGGCCUCCGAAGCGGAGCCAGCUGGCUCCUUCCACUUCCUGGCACGGCCGGUAUGGCAACUGGCGUAGAAGACUCGAGAGACACAGAUCUACACCGGUCAGACUCGCUCUUGCUGCUGGUGCUGCAUGUGGGUGGAAACUCAAGCGAGGAGUGGAAGAAGUGACAUCGCGGUCUCUAGCCGUUGCUCAAGAGGAGCGCGCAGGUCUGUACUGCCAGGAAGACCUGUCGAGCUUGCCAGGGUUCAUGAACGUCAGUGAUGAAAUCGUCCAGGCAAUUUGCGAUUUCGCAGACCAACACAGGACUGAUCAAGUGGUGACCUGGAUCACUGGAAAGCGAGUUCAGGUGUACUUGCUGGGUGUAAAGAGCGAACCUUUCCGGGAAUAUGCGAGAAGCCACGAGCUCGCGGACCUGCUGCUGGGGUUCCUUGAUGAGCUGCAGUCCAAGCUGCAAGCCGUUGCAGAGGCAAAUGGUGGCGAACCGUCAGAAGAUAUUGCGGCGCUCGUCGGAGCCGAAGAAAUGCAGGUACCCCAUACAGAUCUUCUUCCGGGACAGGUGCAGGUCAUCUUGGCACUCACCCCGACCACAUCGACAUUGGUGUAUGAUCCCUCCCAGGACCGUCCGAGCCGCGAGGAGAUCGCGUCGCAGAUGGGUGUCAGCGCAAAACACUUGGAAGAUGAGGGUCUUUUUGGUCUGGUGUACAAAAGCUUUCCGCUGGUUCUCCCAGUCAAGCACGUCUACGAGCACAUGGUCGAGGCCUACAGUGGCAACUUCGCGGCGGGUGAUGCCGUACAGAUCAAAGAUGGAAUUGUGCAUGCCGGUCCGGGCUGCAGCGAUCAGCCGGGCAAGACAAGAGUUGUGGUCUUCAUGACGUACAGGACCACCAGGGCAGAGCACUAUGAGCUCACAUUCCAAGCAAAGCUCUGGGAUUGGGCUUCACAUCCAGCAGUUCCUCCCAUGGUCGCCUACAAGAGGCUCCGCGAAGUUUUCACCUACGGCCAGGAGAAGGGCAUGGACAUCAAACCGUGGACCUUCUAUCCGCCGGAAAGCUCCGAGGCCUGUCAGAUGCUGUGUACCACUGGCGGGUUGGACGAGUCCAUGGUUGACCUCCUCGUAUCCGAGUGGCGGGACAUGCUCUAUGACGAGAAUGUCCAAAUCGUUGAUCGCGAGCAGGAGAAGGCUGAAGCUCGACUUGGCUUGAGCUUGACGGAUGGCCCGAACUCACCCACCAGCAUGUCGGCCUGGGCCACGGCAUCGACAGCAAGGGCGUUUGAUGCGGCUGAGCUGACGGAGACACAGGCCGACGACGACGAGCAGAGGCACGGACCUACUGGGUGGGCUAUUUCAGUCUUUGAAGACACGGUUCAAUUUCCGAAGAGCAAUGUGCAAUGCUACAGCGGCUCACAGACCUGCGGCCAGAGCCUCGCGUCUCCACGCAUGCCCGGUGCUCCUGCCACGGCCGGCGCGCCGACACCGCGCAGCCAUGGCCCUUAUGGCUUUGAGGAAGCGGCAGCAGGUGUCCUGGAAGACCUGCGCCGGCGUCAGCCGCUCGACCGGUCCUUGCAAGCGCGGUAUGGCCCGGGAGGUCCCGGGCCGAAGGCGACGGCUUUCCUCCUCCGGAAGCUGGCGCGAGCUCAGGGCACCCGGCUGGCCGAGGAGGUCUUCACUGAUUUGCUUCGCAGUGGAUACGAAGUCAAUGUCUUCCACUUCAACGCUUUGCUGGCAAGUCAAGCCGCGGCCGGCGCAUGGCCGCGAUGUUUGGCCUUGCUUACGCAGAUGCUUUCGUCAAGGAUUGCUCCUGACAUUUACACGUAUGGCACCCUCGUCAACGGGUGCGAGAAGGGCAGUGCCUGGACCACGGCCUUGCAAGUUCUUCACGAGAUGGAGACAAGCUCAACUCGCCCAGAUACGAUCACAAUGAACUCCGUCAUCAGUGCCUGUGAAAAAUCCGGCGAAUGGGUUCAGGCUCUUAGUGUCAUGCAAAGCAUGAUCACCAAGGAGGUGGAGCUCGAUACUGUCUCUUGCAGCGCUCUGAUCAGUGCUUGCGAGAAGGCAUCGCAGUGGAGCUGGGCGCUGAACACCCUUGGUCGGAUGCGGGAGCUUUCCAUAGAGAGUAAUGCCAUCACGCACAGUGCCGCGAUCAGCGCCUGCGAGACGGAUGAUGUGUGGCCCAACGCAGUUCUGCUAUUCGACGAGCUGCGACAAACUGCAGCGGAGCUGGAUGCUUUCAGCUGGACGGCUUUACUCUGUGCCUUCGAGAAGGGUCAGCGAUGGCAAGAGUCCUUACACGUGCUGCAGGACAUGCCUUCUCAGGAUGUCCAACCAACAGUGAUUACCUACAACUCGGCUCUUGUGGCCUGCGCGUGGGGCCGGCAGUGGCAAACAGCCCUGGAACUUCUGGCCGAGAUGCAGCGGUCUCACACCGAGCUUGAUGCGAUUUCCUAUUACAAGGCUAUUGAUGCAUGCUCAGCUGGAAGCGAGUGGGAGCGAGCGCUGCAGCUGCUUGGAGAUAUGGUUGAAAGCCAGAUCGAUGGGCUUAAGGAGCAGGACAAGCAAUGCUAUGAUCACCAGUUGCAGGCUGGGAGCACCAUCGACUGCUUCAAGCAUAUGGUCCUGGCGAGCCUGCUGGAGCGUAUGGCCGAGCUGCCGGAGGGCUUCACCUAUGUGGACACUCACUCGGGCUGGGGGCUCUACGACCUCUCUGCACCCCAAGCUGCGGUGCACCAAAACCACCUUUAUGGUAUCAUGGCGUUGGCUGAGAACGGCCGCGAUUCCGAGGAACGCACGAUUCAGCACUUCCUCUCUGCCUUGCGCGGCAUAAACCCGGACAACUGCUCGGGAAAGCCGGCUGAGAUGCUAGAGCGGUGCCUGGGUUCGCCGGCCCUGGCGCUGCAUUGGCUGAGGCCACAGGACAAAGCCAUCUUCUUCGAGGUUUCUGCCCGGGUGCACGCGGUGCUGCAGUGCAACUUGCAAGAAUUGAACCAGCGAGGGGGUUCCCACGUGGAAGUGCUGCACCAGAAUUCAUACACCUUGACAUCCGAAGCCAUCUCCAAAAAGUUUCGAGGACGAGGACUGAUCUUGAUCGACUCUCCUUAUGAACCCUACACCGAAUACCUGGCAUGGAACCUGUCACUGUUGCGCCUGAUCCGUCGCUCCUGGCCUUCAAGCUGCGUCGCUUUGUGGUAUCCGGCUUUCAACCCUGAGCAAACAACAAGCCUCUACCAUCGUGCACUCGAUCUACAGGCCGGCGAUGUGCUUGUGGCAGAAAUGAACAUUACACUGGAAGGCAGCGAAGCAUUGGCGAGCUCAGGCGUUUUGCUCGUAAACGUCCCUCCACCGAUUGACCUCGAGCUCGAAAAGAGCCUGUCUGAGCUCGGGCAAUUGCUGAGCCGGAAGACGGGCACCUCCGUCACAAGUGCGGUCUUCUGGCUGUGA